AUGGUAGCAACAGGCACAAUGUUUAUAGCGUACCUCAAGCAUAUUUGUGGAAUGUUUAGCAUUGCAAGUUUCCGUAUUAAGAAGGCAAUGGCAAUUAAUAUGCAACACGAAGAAAAAAUGAAUGAAGAAAAAAUGGUUAUAAUUUAUAAAGGAUUAAUAUGUGCGAUAGAUAUUCAUCGCAAAGCUAUAGAGUUUUCUCAAGUCAUCAUAAAGAGUUUUGAAGGAUCUUUCUUCUGUUUAAUAGUGGCUAGUAUGAUUUGCUUAACCAGCACUCUUGUUCAAAUCAUAACAUAUAAUAGCACAGAGCAACUUGUAUUACGACUUAUAUACAUAAGUAUCCUCUAUAUGUACAUGUUUUUGUCCAAUUAUACCGCACAAGAUAUUACAGAUCACAAUGAAUACGUAUUUGCUACAGUAUAUAAUGUUGAAUGGUACGUGGCUCCGUUACACAUAAAAAAAAUGAUGUUAUUUCUACUGCAAAAAGGUACAAAGACUUUUCAUUUGAUCCUCGGUGGAAUAUUCGUUGCGUCUAUGGAAAGUGCUGCUACGUUGAUGGGUACUUCAAUAUCUUACUUCACUGUUCUCUAUUCUACAAGUACGAAACAAUUGCAAAAUAAUUAA